AAGUCAGGUUAUGUUGUGUUUAAUGCUAGGAAAUUUAUGUUUAGAUUUAAUUUUCUGAUUUUUAAACACAUUUGUACAAGUAUAAUCUGAGAUUAGUAGAUAGAUAAAAUCUUUAUUUAGGUUUAAGACGUUACAUUAACCAGUAGUUGCAACUUGACAAAAUACAGUGGUUAAGAAAACUACAAUGUUUCGCCGGUUGUAUCAUGUCUCUUGUAUAGUUUGUAGUGUUAAAAAACAGGCUAUGAAACUGAAUAAAAUGCUCAAUCCAAAGAGCAAAAAGCAAUGGUACCCAACAGAGAUGUAUGGAGUUGAGCCUUUGCCGAGUGUAAAGAGUUUAACGAAGGUGAAGAACACGCCGGGAAAGCAAGGUGUGCGUCGCAUCGCGAUGCUGAACAAAAUGUUCAUGAAACAGAUCACAGACCUCAUGUCCACCGGCACUGUGGCAAUGGAAGUUGUUGGUCGCGGUAUUGAGAUUUCCAAAGUGGCAGUAACCCCAGACUUGCAGACUGUUAAUGUGUUCUGGGUGUGCAAGGGUGACUCCACAGACGAGGAAACUGAAGCAGUGUUGAGGAAGACUGCUGGGGCUUUGAGACAUGAACUGUCCACACUCCGGGUGAUGGGUGAGGUGCCUUACAUAGCUUUUGUUAAAGACAGACACGAAGCCAUGUUGGCAGACUUAGACCGGCGCCUCGUCACGGCAGACUACGGUGAAGACUACACGCCCACGGAGAUGGGCCACCUGCUCAAAUCAGAGUUUACACUAGAUACCAAAUUGUCACCAGAAAUGAAGGCGAAAAUCAAGCAGUUAGAAGAUGAAAUUGAAGUCGUGGAGGAGCCGUUACCGGAGAUGACGAAUAAUGUGUUUGGAUUGGACCAUCAGAAGAUAAUGAACAGACUGUUGGCAGCUAGGAAAAGGAGUAAAGACGCCUGGAGCAACUUGGAUGCAGAAUCUCCCGUCAUAUCGUAUAGGACAGCUGAAGAUGUUGCAUCUGAGGUCGAUACUGGCAAACAGAAGCAGGAGCUGGCUGAGUUCUUGUUGAAGAGACAGAUUCUCCAAGACAAACUGCACAAGCAGUUCCGAGAUGCUCGUAAAGAUCUGCAGUUGAUAGAUGACAGAGAAGACGGCGAUGAUGAAGAAUACUACGAAGACGACUCCGAUGAAAGAUACGCUGAAGAGAAUUAUGAUGAACAUGAAGAAAAUUAUAAAGAGAACAGUUUCAAAUACGAUGAGAAGAUAGACAGUAACAGAUAAGAAAUAUAACUAUAUUGUUGUAAUUGUAGGUAGUGUAGGUAACAGUAAUGUUGAUGGAAUUCAUAGUUACAUAAGUUUUGUAAAUAAAUUAUAUAUAAUAAGUAGUUGAAUUUGA